AUGAAUGGACGUAAUCGUGCUCCGAUUCCUCCUGCUGAGGAUACUUCAAGUCCUUAUUUUAUUCAUCCUAGUGAUAAUCCUGGAGUAGUUCUCGUUCCUCAGCCAUUAAUUGGUUCCAAUUAUUCAACAUGGAGCCGAUCGUUCAUCAUUGCUCUACUUGCUAAGAACAAAUUGGUGUUUGUUGAUGGAUCUAUCCUUCGUCCAAAUGGUGAUGAUCUUCUACAUCAAGCAUGGAUCAGAUGUAAUAGCAUGGUCGUUGCAUGGUUGCGCAACUCAGUUUCGCCUCAGAUUUGUUCGAGCAUUAUGUUUUUGGAUAAUGCAUAUGAGAUCUGGUCAGAUCUAAAGGAUCGGUUCUCUCUUGGUGAUUCUAUCAGAUCCAAUAUUCUAGCCAUUACUCCCCUGCCUCCACUAUCUAAGGUGUUCUCAUUGGUUAUCCAAGAGGAAAGGCAAAGGCGAAUUGAUGGAAAAGUGAUAUCCUCAACUCAUUCUUCAACUCAAGCUCCAGUUAUGAGUGAACAACCUUUUUCUAAUGCUGCUUCAAGCUUUGGCAGAGGCUACAACAAGUUUUUAUGCAGUCAUUGUGGAAAGACUGAUCACAUUGUGGACAAAUGUUUUUUUCGACAUGGAUUUCCCCCAGGAUAUGGCCGAGACAAGCCUAAACCUGCUGGUUUUGCUCAAUCAAGCUCAUACAAACCUCCUGGAUUUGCUCAGUCCAGCUCAUACAAACACAAGUUUGUCAACUAUGUUGAAGACAAUUCUGAUUCUUCUCAUUGGAAAGGAGCUCAACCUAUUGCUAAUCUGCCUACUAUGGAUCAGUAUCAGCAGCUUGUGAAUCUCUUGCAAAGUCAGUUCCACACUCAAAUCUCUCUUACCGCUUCAGAAUCAGCUCAGUCUCCACAACCUCUGACUCAAUCUCAGUCUACACAAUCAUAUAAUCCUUUUUCUGGUACGAUUUGCUUCCCCCCCUCUGUUAAUACUUUAUCUUCAUCAUGCUAUAGUCUUUCUACUUGGAUUCUAGACACAGAUGCUACACACCACGUCUACUAUGAUCCAUCAUUGUUGUCAUCUGCAUCACCCAUCUCCAAUGCUUCUGUAAACCUCCCCAAUGGCCAAACAACACCUAUAACUCAUAUAGGUAUUGUCAUUCUUACUCCAAUAAUCACCCUCACCUCAGUCUUAAACGUUCCUUCCUUCUCUUUCAACUUACUCUCUGUCAGUGCUCUAACCAAACAUGCUUCAUGCACUGUCACUUUCACUCACAAUCAAUUCCAUAUUCAGGAAGCUUUACUGAGGAGUGAGGACCACGAUUGGGAGGGGUAA